AUGCCCUCAAAAGAGAAAAAAACUGCAGGAACGGAGGAAACUGAAGAGGUGGUUUGCGACGUGGAGGAAAAGGAGCCAAAACCGAAAGGGAAGAGCAAGUCUGACGCCAGCGGAGACACCAAGCCAGACGGAGCGAAGAAGAGGAAGAAACACAAGAGCCCAGAGGAGUCUGACGAGGAUCCAGAGAAAGAGAGGAAGAAGAAAGGGGAACGCCACGAUAAGGUGAAAGAGAAAAAAGAAAAGAAGAAAAAGAAAGCAGAAGAUGAUGCAGAGAAGAGGGAGGGGGAUGAAGUGAUUGAAAAUGAGGAAGAGGGAGAUGACGAGCAGAACAACAAUGACACCAUCGAAACCAAACCCAAGAAGAAGAAAUCCGAAGAAGAGGACAUGACUGAGGGAGAACUUAAGGAGGAAAAGAAGAAGAAAAAGAAGUCGUCUUCUGAGGGAGACCAACAGGGAGAGGAGGAGAUGGGGUCCAAAGGCAGGAAGUCCACAGAUGGAGGGAAGAAGAAGAAGAAAGCUCAGGAUGAGGAUGAUGAGGACAAGAAAGACAAGAAAGGGAAGAAAGGGAAGAAGCCCAAGGCCAAGCAGGUGGAUUACGCUGAGAUCUACUACAAUGAGCUGAUGACCUACCAAACGGACUCCUCCGAUGGCUAUGAGGAAGAGUACCACAAAAAGAAAGUGUAUGAGGUGGUGACUGUCACAGGUGAUGUGAGAGGGGCAGGCACAGACGCCAAUGUGUUUGUCACUCUUUUUGGAGACUUUGGCAUCACUCCCAAAGUGCACCUGGCCAGCAAAAGCCGAACGGCAUUUGAGAAAAAUAAGACGGACGUGUUCCGGAUUAAAACACACAAUGUUGGGCCCUUGAAGAAGCUGAGGAUUGAACAUGACAACACAGGUGGCUUGAACGCCAGCUGGUUCCUGGACCGGGUCGUGGUGACCGACAUGAACCGUCCACACCUGCGGUUCUACUUCGCCUGCAACAACUGGCUGAGCCGUGAGGAGGGGGAUGGCCUGUAUGUCAGAGACCUGCUGGGCAGCCUCAACCCCAUGGAUGUCCCCAAACUGAAUAAGUACAUAGUGAGUGUGUUCACUUCUGCUGAGAAGGGCAGCGGGACUGAUGCUGACGUCUUCCUGAAUAUCUUUGGAGAGCAUGGCGAUACAGGGGAGAGACGGCUGGACAGUGACAAAGAUAAUUUUGAGCGAGGCACGGAGGACAAGUUUACUAUUGAAUCACCAAACCUGGGAAGGCUAAAGAAAAUCACCAUUGGCCAUAACAACAGGGGCUCAUCAGCUGGAUGGUGUCUGGAUAAGGUGGUCAUUGAUGACAUGGGGAACAAGGAGGUGUAUGAGUUUCCAGUGAAUCGCUGGUUCGCCAUGGAUGAAGAAGAUGGAAAGAUACAGAGAGAUGUGUUGGUGGGAGCAACACAGCCCAUGGCGGUGGUGUACAACGUCCAGGUGAUGACGGGCAACGUGAGAGGUGGUGGCACCAACUCUAAGAUCCACAUCAUCAUGCAUGGCACCAAGGGCCUGAAGAACAGUGGCAAGGUGUUCCUGGAGGGUGGAGCAUUCGAGCGGGGGCUCAUCGAUAUCUUCAACGUGGAGAUUGCUGCCCUGCUCAGCCCACUCAGUAGGGUCACCAUCGGACAUGACAACGGAGCUGUUGGGGCCGGCUGGUACUGCGAAAAGGUGACAGUGUACUGCCCAUUCACAGGGAUUGAGCAGACGUUUCCCUGUUGCAAGUGGCUGGAUGAGGACGAGGGGGACGGACUGAUUGAGAGGGAGCUUUACGAGAUGGUGUCCCUCAGGCAGAAGAAACUUAAGAAGUACCCGUGGUCACUGUGGAUCUGGACAUCGGACGUGAAGGGGGCAGGGACGGACGCCCAGGUCUUCCUACAGAUCUACGGUGAGAAGGGCAAGUCAGAUGAGAUGAGACUGGAGAGCAACUCAGACAGCUUUGAGCAGGCUCAGCUGGAUAAGUUCAUGAUUGAAAUGCCAGACAUCGGAAAGCUGACGAAAGCCCGUAUCUGGCACGAAAAGAGACAUCCUUUCGCAGGCUGGCAUUUCGCUAGGGCCACGGUGAUGAAGACUCUGACAAGGGAGAAGUACUCGUUUAACUGUGGCCGCUGGCUGGACAUCAAUGAGGAUGAUAAUGAGAUCAUCAGAGAGCUGCCCGCCACCGGAGCUCUCAUCCCGGAGCCGUUACUACUGCUGAAGUAUCGCAUCACCAUCUGUACUGGGAGAGUGAGUGGAGGUGGCACUGAUGCCAGCGUAUUCCUUAAUGUGAUCGGGGACCUGGGAGACACAGGGGAUCGACUCAUGUUCCUCAGCAAAAACAACGUCAACAAGUUUGAAAAGGGCAACGCCGAUGAGUUUCUGACCGAGGCGGUGUCGUUGGGGCAGGUGCGCAGGGUGCGUAUCGGCCAUGAUGGGAGGGGUGGAGGCUGUGGUUGGUUCCUGGAUAAGGUGUUGGUCAGGGAGGAGGGCCAACCAGAGUCUGCGGCCAUAGAGUUCCCCUGUAACAGGUGGUUGGACCGGAAUGAGGACGAUGGACAGAUCGUUCGUGAGUUAGUGCCAGCAGGAGAUGGUCUGCGUCUCCACAAUGUCAACUACCAUAUCUCGGUGAAGACAGGCAACAUCAACGGGGCCAGCUCGGACUCCAAGGUGUUUGUUAAGUUGUACGGAGAGAAGGGCGACACCACGAGGAUACUCCUGGUGGUCUCGGACAACGACCUGAGUAACUACUAUGAGACGGGCCAAACUGAUAUCUUCACCGUCGAGACCUAUGACAUCGGACAAAUCCACCGUCUUCUGAUAGGCCACACUAACGAGGGUCUGCGGGCUGGUUGGUUCCUGGACAGUGUCCAGAUCAUUGUUCCGGUCCAUGGGAAGCAGUACCAGUUCCCCAGCCAUCGCUGGCUGUGUAAGGAUGAGGCUGACGGCAAGGUGGAGGUGGAGAUCUAUCCCAGCGAGACCCUGGACAUCGAGAAACUGAUUAACUACGAGGUCACAGUGGUCACGGGGAACAUGCGCAAUGGUGGCACCAACGCCAAUGUGUUCUGCCAGAUCUACGGAGAGGAGGGCAAGACCGAGCUCAUCAGCCUCAAGAGCCGCUCCAACAACUUUGAGCGCGGGACCACAGAGAUCUAUAAGAUCGAGGCGCUGAACGUGGGCAAAUUAUUCAAAAUCCGCAUCGGGCACGAUGGUUCGGGCGUGGGCGACGGGUGGUUCCUUGAGACGGUGGACAUCAAGCGGCUCACUAUGGCCAUGGUACAGAGGGAAGUGGUGAAGGAGAAACCAAAGGAUGACAAGAAGGACAAGAAGAAGAAUAAAAAAAAGAAGAAAGAAGAGGAUGAGGAGGAGGAGUACGUGACGGAGCUCCAGGAGGUGACAGAGAGCGUGACGUUCCCCUGUCAUCGAUGGCUGGCCCGCGACGAGGAGGACGGGGAGAUCGUGGUGGAGCUCCUACCCGAGGACCCCGGAGACCUGGAGGAGAACUCCUAUGAGGUCCAUGUGUUUACUGGCCCCAUGUGGGGAGCCGGAACCGAUGCCAACGUGUACAUCAACAUCUACGGAGAGAUCGGUGACACGGGCGAGCGGAAACUAAGAAAGUCCAACAACCUCAACAAAUUUGAGAAGGGGCAGGAGGACGUGUUCUCCAUGCAGGCCAUCGAUCUGGGCAUUCUGAAGAAGCUGAGGAUUCGUCACGACAACAGCCAGCCUCAUGCUGCCUGGUUCCUGGACAGGGUGGAGAUAGUAGACAACAAAGACGACACCACGUACUACUUCCCAUGUAAACGGUGGCUGGCCAUCGAUGAAGAUGAUGGACAGAUUGCCAGGGAGCUGGUCCCUGUGGACGAAGCCUUUAUGAAGAAGGGUGAGGAUGAUGAUGAUGAUGAUGACGAGGAAAACUCCAGUGCAACACUCGGCCUGGAACAGAAGGCCAUGUCCACCACCUUCACAAUGAGGGUAAAGACUGGAGACAAGAAGUAUGCGGGCACUGAUGCCAACGUGUUCGCCAUCCUGUACGGCAUGAAGGAUGAUACAGGCAUCAUAAUGCUGAAAGCAUCCAAGUUACAUAAGAAUAAGUUUGAGCAGGCCAUGAUCGAUGAGUUUACAGUGGAAGCUGUGGACAUUGGAACACUGAAGAAAAUACGCAUAGGGCAUGACAACUCAGGGGCAGCAUCAGGCUGGUUCCUGGACUGGGUAGAGGUGGAUGCCCCCUCCCUGGGCCAGAAGCUGAGGUUCCCCUGUGGUCGCUGGCUGGAUAAGGGAGAGGACGACGGGGCCAUCGUCAGGGACCUCUUCCCUGCAGACCUCCAGACUGAGCUCUACACACCAUUUGUGCCCUAUGAGAUCAAGACGUUCACCAGUGACCUGUUUGCAGCGGGUACAGACGCAGAUGUGUUCAUCGUGCUCUACGGCCGAGACGGGGUGUGCACCCAGCAGAGGUCUCUCUGUGUCAACAAGAGGGAGAGGACCAUGUACUUUGAGAGGGGAGCUGAGGACAUGUUCAUCGUUGAGUUGGAGGACGUGGGUGAUGUCAUAGAGAAGAUCCGUAUUGGUCAUGACAACAGAGGGCUAAACGGAGGCUGGCACCUGGACAGAGUGGAGAUCAGACGACUGCUGAGGAAGGGGAAGGGGUCGGAGACUAUUAUCUUCCCAUGUGAGCGCUGGCUGGCCAAGUCAGAGGAUGAUGGAGAAACAGUGAGAGAGUUAGUACCUUCUGACAUCAUAACGGAGAAACUACUACGAGAUGGUACCCUGAAAGUCAGCGAGGUUGAGGUGGAAGAUGCACUGGAGACUCACACUUACAAAGUGUCUGUGAUGACGGGCGAUGUUUACGACGCAGGCACCGAUGCCAACGUCUUCCUGACCAUCUACGGAGACCUGGGAGACACUGGCGAGCGCAAACUCAGCAAGUCUGAGACCAACGGCAACAAGUUUGAGAGAGGAGCGGUGGAUAAGUUCACCAUUGAGGCGGUGGACCUGGGUCAGGUGUUUAGAAUGAAGAUUCGCCAUGACAACAGCAUGAUGAGUGCUGAUUGGUACCUGGACCAGGUGGAGGUGGUUGACGAGGAUACGGAGGAGGUCUUCCUGUUCCUGUGUGAGCGCUGGCUGUCCAGAAAGAGAGAGGACAGACGCAUCGAAAGGAUGUUCUAUGUCAAGGGUUACGAGGGGGAGAGGGAGACUAUCCAGGGCAGUAAGAAGAGCUCAGCCCUGAUCAUGAAGAGUGUGGACAGCAACAUGAACAAGAAGAAGAAGAAGGGGGAGGACGUCCAAAAGGAGAGCACCAUCAUCCCAUACCACUUCACCAUUUCCACGGGGGAAGAAAACGAUGCCAGUACCUGCAGCAGGGUCUAUGUGAUCAUCAUGGGGCCAAACCACACCCAGACACAGAGGCUGUGGCUGGACCUGCCUGGGGGGAAGAAGUGCUUUGAGUCUGGGUCUCUGGAGUCCUUCGAGGCUCAUGGAGCUGAUGUUGGUGAGAUUAAAAAAGUGGAGCUCGGACAUGACGGCGCCACUCCGGAGAGCUGCUGGUUGGUUGAUGAGCUAGCUGUUGCCGUGCCAACCAAAGGGGUUAAAUACAUUUUCCAGUGUAAGUGCUGGUUGGCCAAAGAUCGGGGCGAUGGACUGACUGCCAGGGUGUUCAACGUGUUGGAUGCAGAUAGCAUCACCAUCUCCCAAAAGAUCAUCUAUGAGGUGACGGUGGUGACGGGAGAUGUUCAGAACGCUGGGACAGACACCCAGAUCUACGUGUCUGUGUUUGGGACCAACGGCACCACAGAGGAAAUCCUACUGCAGAAGAACGAGGACAGGUUUGAGCGGGGUCAGGAGGACACGUUCAGCCUGGAGGUCGAUGAUAUUGCUCCCCUGAGGAAGAUGAGGGUCCGUGUUGACGGCUCUGGUAGCCGACCUGACUGGUUCCUGGCUAAGAUCAUCAUGCGUAACCUGACCACAGAGGAGGUGUCAGUGUUCACCUAUGAGGAGUGGCUGUCUAAGACCAAAGGACCCAAGAGGACCAUGAUCUGUGAGAUGGCUGCUGUGGUGGAUGAGGAGGAGAUGGUGGAGAUCACCACCUACAUUAUCCAGGUCAAGACCAGCGACAUUGGAGGGGCAGGCACUGACGCUAACGUGUGGAUCAUUGUGUUUGGAGAGUGCGGUGACACUGGGACCCUGGCGCUGAAAGAGUGCCAGAAAUCCAACAAGUUUGAGCGCAAGCAGACAGAUGUGUUCCGUUUCCCUGACGUGCUCAGCCUCGGGGAGCUCUCUAAGGUGCGGGUGUGGCACGACAACUCAGGGCCUGCUCCAGGAUGGCACAUAGAAUACAUUGAUGUGAAGGAUGAGGCCUUGGACAGGACAUUUCGCUUCCCCUGCGACCGCUGGUUGGCUCAGAACGAGGACGAUGGUCAGAUCAUGAGGGAGUUGUCCUGCGCCAACAACGACAUUUUAGACCUCAACGAGAAGACCAAAUAUGAAAUUAUUACCACCACGGCGGACGCAGACGACGCAGAGACCAAAGAGAACGUCUGGAUCGCACUGGAGGGGAAGAAGGGGCGUUCGAAAGAAUUUAUGAUGGAGAACUCAUCAAAGAAAAAGAGGUUCUUGCGGGGAAACAAGGACAAGUUUGAGUUCUCCUCCAAACAGCUAGGGGACAUCGCUGGCAUCUGCCUGGGCCACACCCCCAAGGAUGGGAAGAAGGUGAAAGGUGAGGCGUUCUGGCACGUGAAGGAGGUCGUUGUCAUAGAGAAAGUGCUGGGCAACAGGUUCAUAUUCAUCUGCAAUGCCCUGAUCCCCCUCUCCCCGAAGAGGGACGAGUUUGUGACCAUCGAGUGCACCAAGGCCAUCGAGAGCUUCGCCAGCAAAGCCCGCAGCCUGGUGCCUGUCAAGUACGAGAUCAUCCUCAUCACGGGCGACGAGAAGGGGGCAGGCACCGAUGCCAAUGUCUUCAUCACCAUCUACGGUUCCAACGGCGACUCGGGCCGCCGGUCGCUACGUCAGAAGUUCCGCAACCUGUUUGAGCGAGGCCAAACGGACCGCUUCCUGCUAGAGAUGUUGGACAUGGGUGAGCUGCUGAGAGUGUGUGUGGAGCAUGACAAUACCCGCCUCAGCCCCGGCUGGCUGCUGGACCGCGUGGAGGUCACCAACACAGCCAACGGUGUCACCACCAUCUUCCUGUGUGGAAAGUGGCUGAACACCAAGAAGGCGGACGGACAGAUCUUCAGGGUCCUCUACCCAAAGUACUAAAGACCUCAUAUUGAGACUUCUCCACUAUAUGAAAACGUAUGUCCUUUGCACAGCAGAUGAUAGAGGCCUCGCCGUGUGUUGGACUCUACCCAAGCAACUCCGUAAUGAAGAUAUACAAACUCUUUGAAUGGAGUUUGGAUGUGGGCAACGGUUUCAUUUUAAAAAUGUUAUUGCCUCUAUAUGGUCAUGAUCUCAGGAAAGGAAAAUGUUUAUAUAUUUAUUACUACAUUUCUAGAAUAUCUUAUAGUUUGGCUUUAUUGCAUUACUACUGAAGGCAAGUGGCCUGGCGUUUAUGGCUAAAACACAAUAGGGUCAUAAGGCCAGGUAACAUGAUUGUGCCACCAUUUUAAAAGUACCCAUUAUCAGGAAUGGCAUGUUGCUCAGCUGCUUGGUUGUAAAUUAGGUUUUAUAAGAGAGUAUACUAUUUUGUACUGCUUAUUCCAAAACACUUUUUGUUUUUCAAAACUGCUUUUUAAGAUUGUGGUUUGACUGAUGUGUUCAUCUCCCGGUGAGAUUUCGAUUACCUUGUGAAGACAGACUCAGAAAACAAAUCAAAAGAGGAUUGUCAACCUCAUCAGGAUGGAGAUCAUGUCUCAUUCUCAAUGAAAGCAUUUUUUUUCAUCCUUCUCCUCUAACUUCAAAGAGUCAUAACUGGCCUUAA